GGCUCUAUUGUUAUCAUUACACGAUUUUCCUGCCAGAAGGCAAGGUGCGUCCUGCAGGCAAGCUGCAAUUAAAGGCAAAGUGAUAUCUUAUCCGAUGAGAUGUGAGUCACUGAUUGGCAUCUGGCAUAUGGCAUAUUUCAGUCUCAAAAAUAUUCAUUCUCCUCAAGCUUCGCCUAGCAAAUGCCAGCACAGAGCGCUACCUGAGAAAAGAGACAAUCUGGCGCCAUAUUCUGCCGGCCGGCCCACUUAUGUCACACACACUCAAUGUAGGGUGUUUGACGGGGUGCCUCGACAGCAAGACAUCAUCGGGGACAAGUCUCACUGUUGAGCCCACAAGGCAAAGACAUAUUAUCUUUGAGGCCAAAAUUCUCCCCUGACACUUGGGAGACUUUUCCUCAGAUCACACUUGCGUGGCCGUUCCCUGAGAUCGCGAACUCAAACAGGCCCCUGCUUCAAUCUGGGCCUUUCUUCCCAACUUCUGGAUCAACACAUGCCCCAAGCACGGGGCUUCGCUUGCAUGAUGACUGCGGCAGACAAAUACCUACUGCAUUAUUCCACACAGACCGGAUCUCAAACAAACUCACACGGACAGGAGGUCAAACGUACCCACGAAAAUUACUGCCCAACACCAAAGCGCUGCCCCAGAACCGCCCACAAAAGUGCCCAGGGCAAAAUAUCACGCUCUAUGCAUGCCACAUCACCGGCAUGCAUAUUUGGCAAAGCUGAUGGCUGAG